AUGAAGCUUCUCUCUCUUUCUCUCUCCCUCUCUGCUCACCAUGAACCUCUUCUGACGAGCUUCUCAGAUCUACCAUACGCAUACCCAAAUAUCUCACCAGAGUACCACCCAACCCUAGCUGAGUUUCAAGAUCCAAUUUCAUAUAUUUUCAAAAUCGAAGAAGAAGCUUCCAAGUAUGGAAUCUGUAAAAUCAUCCCACCUGUCUCUGCUUCACCCAAGAAAACUGUAAUUGCUAACCUGAAUCGCUCUCUGUCCGCCCGAAACCCUGAUUCAUCACCUACAUUCACUACCAGGCAGCAACAGGUCGGUUUUUGCCCUCGUAAGCACCAUCGACCGGUUCAGAAACCUGUUUGGCAGAGCGGCGAGAUAUACACCGUGCCCCAAUUUGAAGUGAAAGCCAAAAGCUUUGAAAAGAGUUACCUGAAAAGAGGAUCAAAUUCGAAGAAGGGUUUAACGGCGUUGGAAGUCGAGACACUUUACUGGAAGGCUCAUGUGGAUAAACCAUUUUCAGUUGAGUAUGCAAAUGACAUGCCCGGCUCGGCAUUUGAUCAAACGGGCGGUGGGCAUGGGAAGAAACACGGGAAAAAGGAGAUUGGGGACGCCUUGACGGUGGGGGAGACCGAGUGGAAUAUGAGAGGGGUUUCAAGGUCAAAAGGGUCUUUGUUGAAGUUUAUGAAGGAGGAAAUACCUGGUGUCACUUCGCCCAUGGUUUACAUUUCCAUGCUGUUUAGCUGGUUUGCUUGGCAUGUUGAAGAUCAUGACUUCCAUAGCUUGAAUUAUAUGCAUUUGGGUGCUUCCAAAACCUGGUAUGGCGUACCCAGGGAUGCUGCGGUUGCAUUUGAAGAUGUUAUCAGGGAACAUGCCUAUGGAGGCGAGAUCAAUCCCAUUGUGACUUUUGCUACUCUUGGUGAGAAGACCACAAUUAUAUCCCCAGAAGUAUUACUUAGGGCUGGUGUUCCUUGCUGCAGGUUAGUGCAAAAUGCUGGAGAAUUUGUUGUCACUUUCCCUAGGGCUUAUCACUCAGGGUUCAGUCAUGGAUUUAAUUGUGGGGAAGCCGCUAAUAUUGCGACACCUGGCUGGUUGAAAGUUGCACGGGAUGCUGCAAUUCGUAGGGCUUCAAUUAACUGUGCUCCAAUGGUGUCUCACUCUCAGUUGCUUUAUGAUCUUGCAAUAUCAUUCUCUUCAAGUGUGCCAACAAGCAUCAAACCCGAACCUCGAAGCUCCCGAUUAAAAGACAAGUUAAAAGUUGAAGGAGAAGCUUCAGUAAAAAGACUAUUUUUAGAAGACAUGAUGCAAAACAACAACCUUCUUCAUAAUCUUGGUAAAGGCUCUGCUAUUGUAAUUCUUCCGGAAGAAUUCUCGGACAAACGGAAUCCCGUUAAAUCUAACGGAAGUCAAUUUGGAUUUGGUCAAAGUGACGGAUUAAAGUUUUCUACAAACAGUUCAGAUUCAGAUGAUGCUGUUCAAGACAAAAAGUCGAUGAGAAAACUUUCUUCAUUUUGUGCUUCAUCAAGUAGUUUAUUGGCUUCUUAUAACAUGGGAAGUGGAAGAUAUAAGGGUGGUGAAUGUGAUAAAAAACCAGACCCUGGUAUUUUCUCAUGUGUUACAUGUGGGAUUUUGUGUUAUGCAUGUGUUGCAAUUAUUAGACCUACAGAAGCAGCUGCAGAUUACCUCAUGUCAGCUGAUUGUAAAGGUAUUAGUGAUCUUGUUGCUGCUACUGAGUUCUUUGCUGCUAAUGAAGAUGCAAGUUUGGUGGAUCCUGAAUCCUCUUUAGGGAAAAUACCAAAAAGAGGCCACGAUGGUUUAUUUGAUGUUCCAAUAAAAUCUAGUGAUCAAAUUCAAAAUAUUGAUGAUAAUUCGGGUGCAACUUCUUCACCUACUGAAGCACAAAAAGUGAAUUCCUCCCUUGGCCUCUUGGCUUUAGCCUAUGGUGAAUCUUCAGAUUCUGAUGAUGAUGAUGAUCAUGUCAACAAAGAUGAUGAUGUGAGAGGUGAUAUGAAGGAUAUAAACGAUCAAACUUUUGAAUGCUCUAUCAAGCUUGAAAGAAACAAAAGCUUCAAGGACUCAAAUUGUCCAAAAGGUCAAUUUGUUAAUGAGAUAGAGUCGCAAAAUCCUUUAUCUGAUACACACGAUUCUGGAAAACAAACUGAAAACACAAAAUCAUCAUGUGAUGAAGAUUCUUCUAGAAUGCACAUAUUUUGCCUUCAACAUGCUCUGGAAGUAGAACAACGCCUCCGCUCUGUUGGUGGUAUCCGCAUUCUACUCCUUUGUCACCAAGAUUAUCCCUCUUUAGAUUCGGAAGCAAAGUUAGUUGCAACAGAAUGUGGGACCCAUGACAGGUGGACAGAUCUUGGAUUUAGAGAAAGCAACGAAGAAGACAAAGAAUGGAUACAAUCAGCUCUCGAUAGUUCAGAAGCCACACACGGAAACCGAGACUGGGCUGUAAAAUUAGGAAUCAAUCUUUUUUACAGUGCCAGCCUUUCCCGUUCGCCUCUUUACAGCAAACAAAUGCCUUACAAUUUAGUUAUUUACAGUGCAUUUGGACAUUUCACUUCCAGUAGCCCAACAAAAGCAAAACCUUCCGGAAGGCAGAAAAAAAUUGUGGUGGCGGGAAAAUGGUGUGGCAAAGUAUGGAUGUCGAAUCAAGCUCACCCGUUGUUAACAGAACGGGACCCAGAAGAGGACGAGAUCGGUGGGCCCGGUUCGGUUUUAUCGAAUGUAAAAAUCGAAAAACGACCCGAAAUCACCGAAUUUAGAAAAAGUGUGAGAAAGAGGAAGAAGAGUUGUAUGGUGGAAAGUAGUGUAAAAAGUAAGUUUGCGAAAGUUGAGGCGGCAGCGGUGGCGGCAAGCGGCGGUUUCCGGCGACAGCCGAGAACGAACCUAAGAAAGAAAACAACAGCCACCGCUCUUUUGUCUAGAACAAUCACAACACCGUUCUCCAUGGAUUCCGGCGAAGAAUCCGGUGGUGGUGGUGGUGGUGGGUCGAGUAGGCGGUUAAGAAAACGGAUUAUAAAACCACCGCCGUCUCCCGAGAUUAAGAAAAUGAGUGGGACGAAAAAGGUGAAAAAGGGUUUGGGUUCGGGUCCCACGAUGGAAGCACUAGUGAGAGAUGAAGAUGAAGAUGGUGAAUUUGCGUGUGAUAUGGAAGGGUGUAAUAUGAGUUUCGAUAGUAAACAAGAACUUAUUGUUCAUAAGAGGAACGUGUGUCCGGUGAAAGGAUGUGGUAAAAAAUUCUUUUCACAUAAGUAUUUGGUGCAACAUAGGCGUGUACACAUGGAUGAUCGCCCUCUUCAAUGUCCAUGGAAAGGUUGCAAAAUGACAUUCAAAUGGGCGUGGGCUCGAACCGAACAUAUACGGGUCCACACCGGGGCAAGACCAUAUGUGUGCACCGAGGACGGGUGCGGUCAGACGUUUCGGUUUGUAUCGGAUUUUAGCCGGCAUAAAAGGAAGACUGGCCAUUCGGUGAAGAAGUGA